AUGACCAACAAACAGCUCAGCGAAGACUGGGACUUGGUCUCUUCCGAAGACGUGGUCGGCUAUUAUGACGAUCGCAUCAUUCUGAUCUUAGGUGCCGACGAAGCCACAUAUCAACUCCUCCUUGCGGACAUUCCUACCAGCUCUCAACUUCUAGCGCGCGUCGGCCAACUCAUUCCAUGCCACCGCUACAUCCGUCUCCCAGCCCUCGACGCUCACAUGCUCGCGGCUUACCUCCAUCCCCAUUCUGUCGAUGCUCUGGCAAACGAGUUCUCAUGGAACGAGGUGAUCAAGCUAGUCAUCUCCGCGGAAGUUCUUGAAGACCCUGCAGUGCAAACUACCGCCAUCGCGGCGCUGAAGGAAAAGGCUAGAACAGCGAAGGAUAGCCUGGACAGCAUGUACACUCAUGUGGACUACCAGCUCGCCAAGUCCCACCGCAAGACCACGAACGGCUCAUCGAAACUCAUUCAGACACUUGAUGACAUCGCAAAAGCAGUCUACGCAAAAGCACCGAAGUUAAAGUCACCCUCAACGGCCAGCUAUACUAGCGCUCCUCCGAGUAAAUACCAGCCAGAUCGCCAAGGUCCCGGUAAUUAUACCAACAGUGUGCUGCGGGGUAAUGGAUUGAUCCGUCAGAAACAAAAUGAGGCGGAGGGGAAGGAGUACCCGGUUCGGCAGCCAACGACUCCGCCUAGUGUGGAAGCCUUGCGCUCGGGGACUGUAGGGAACUUUGUGUAG